CACAUAUGUUUAAUGUUUGGCUUGUUGUUGUUGUUGUUGUUGUUUUUGAUAAUUCAUACCUAGUAAAUAUGAAAAGUGUAAGAUCAUUUGCAAUAAAAUUAUCAGUACUAGCUGGUACUGGUUUAAGUAGUUGGUAUGCUGGUUAUUAUUAUGAUAAAUAUCAACAAUUGAAUAACGAUAAUAAUUAUAAUAAAAAUGUCAAUAUUAAACAAAUGCCAGCAUUGCCAAUUUUUGGUACUGUUUCUGCAGCAUCACCAAUUGUUCCAUCAAAUAAUACAAAUGACAUGACAUCAAAAUUAUCAUCAUCACGUAUAUCACAAAUAAUGAAACAUGGUUUUCCUGGAUUUGAUACAAUUAGAUCAUUUGAUGAUUUUGUACUUUCAUAUGACAAAAGAAAUAGAGUUGCACAUUGGGUAUUUGAGCAUUUAACACGUGAACGAGUUUAUCCAAAAAAUGAUGUUGACAGAUCAAAUUGUGAAUUUAAAACUGAUGAAAGUAUUCAUCCAUUUUUUAGAUCAACAAAUAGUGAUUAUAAAGGUAGUGGAUAUGAUCGUGGACAUUUGGCUGCUGCUGGUAAUCAUAAAUAUUCACAAAAAGAUAUGGAACAAACUUUUAUGCUGACAAAUAUGGCACCACAAGUUGGUAAAGGUUUCAAUAGAAACAGUUGGAAUAGUUUAGAAAAAUAUGUUAGAAAAUUAACUAAAAUUUAUACUGAUGUUUAUGUUUGUACUGGCCCAUUGUAUUUGCCAAAAAAAGAAAGUGAUGGAAAAAAAUAUGUCAAGUAUGAAGUAAUUGGUACAAAUCAUGUUGCAGUACCAACACAUUUCUAUAAAAUAAUUGUUGGUGAAAAAAGUGAUUCAUCAUUUGAAAUGGAAGCUUAUGUUAUGCCAAAUGCACCAAUUGAUGACAAAACACCUUUAUCAAAUUUCCAGGUACCACCUGAGAGUAUUGAACGAGCAGCAGGUUUAUUAUUCUUCGACAAAUUAUCUCGUGAAAAACUACAAAAAAUUAAUGGCAAAAAGUUAAAUUAAUUUUAGACAAGCUAUAUAUUAUUUUUUCUUUUUAGAACAAAAUUCAUUUAUUGUAAAUAAUAUCGAAAUGAAAAUAACAAUUAUUUCGUCCAAUAUAUUUUUAGUAGUUGAAUUUAAUUUUUUUCUAUUUUCAUUUUCAUGACAAUAAGUGCAAUUGACGUUAAUAAAAAUUCAUUUUUUUAAUAGUAUCAAUAGCGUCAUCAUGCAAAUUAUUAAAUCCUUAAAAUUAUACUUAAAAAAAAAAACGAAAAGUAUUUCUUCAGUUCCUAAAUAUAAUAUUAAAAAAUUGGUGAAUUAAUUUUUUUUUUUUGUAAUAAAAUUAAACGCUUUACAAAUUAUUUAUUUAAAUAUUUAAUUAUUAUUUUCAUACUUCAGUCUUUAACAUAAACAUUUAUUCUCAUCAUACACAUAUCAGUAUAAAAUAAUAAUUAUAAAAAAAAAAAAAAGUGAUAACUACCUAUCAACUAGGGAAUGUCAAGAAUAUUUUUAAUAAUUAAUAAAAAAUUAUUGAUAUAUAUAAACAUGAAAUAUUUAUAAUAAAUUUUGCUUAUUUACUUUGGUCGUGACGGUAAUUAUUGCAUACACGAAUUAAUUAUAUUAUAUAUAUUUUUUAUAUUAUAUAUAAAGUUUGUUGUUAUUUAAUUUUAAUAAAAAAUUGAAUCAUAAAA